GCAAGUUGACCCGUGUAUUGCGUACGCUGUCCAUGCACACUGUAUCAACACUGCGUUUGUGUGAGGGGCUAAUGAGAUAGUGGCAAGGAAGAGACUGCAGCUGACUGAAGAACGUAGAUAAUUCCCACCAAGAAACCACAGAAAUAUGACUGACAUCACUCUUUAUUAUUCGCAGAAGUCUUUCUACUGUCACAGAAUUCGAAUUGGUCUCGAAGAGAAGGGACUAUCUUACGAUGAACGACGCAUAAACCUCGGCAAUCUGGAAAACUACUCGCCCUCAUUUCUACAAGUCAACCCAGAUGGCCAAGUCCCUACGUUAAAGCAUGGAGAUAAAAUAGUUACCGAAUCAGAGAAGAUCUUGCGUUACCUUGACAACGCAUUUCCAGACACAACCAAAUUGUUUCCGGACCCGUCGUCCGAAGAAGGCGAACAGUGCGAGUACUAUAUCAGCUUGGCAAACAAAGUGGACCUCGACACAUUAUCACUAGGUGUACCAGUACAUGCAGAUUUUGAGAAAUGUGAAAUCAAAUCGGAUUAUCCUACGUCAGCAUUUCGUCAUCUUAUUCGAGUAUUUCGCAGUAAUGGCCCCGAGAUGUGUGAAAAACUAGCUGAAGAGAAUCCGCAAAUGAAAGAAGUUUACAUGAAACACAAAGACUGGCUUAGCAACUUGAACGAUGAAGUGAACGAGGUGACGUUUGGGACAGCAGUUGCAUUAUGCGAUGACGUUAUAUCUAAGCUGGAGAUUGAACUCGAAAGAAGAAAAGUCGAAUUAUCCGAUAAUGAUGGUGAAAUCUGGUUGUGCGGGGAAAAAUUCACUGCUGCCGAUAUCUAUUGGUCUACCACCCUCAAUGGACUCUACGAUUUGGGCCUUGAGACGCGUUAUUGGGCGGAGGGAAAACGUCCCCAGGUGGCAGCGUAUUUCGAGAGAGCGCGUAACCACAAAGCAUUCUUGGAAACGACACCAAACAUGCGGGAGGCAGCGACGACAAAGGACGUGAAACUUGACGUGAACAAUAAGUCAACUGAUGGCGGUACUCAAUGUUGUCCGUUUAUCUGUGUCAUCAUAUAACUCUUAGAUUAGAUUAGAUUAUGAUAGUAUAGAUUAUAUGACAUUAUAUGUAAUUAGAUUCGAUGCCGAGAUUAUAUUAAGUUAGACUCUAUUAGGAAUAGAAAAGAACUUGUCGAUAUCGUAAUUAGAAAUUUCAUGACGCAAUGUUAUUAUUGUACCAUUGUAAAAAUAAAAUUUAAAGCCCAUUAUCAAUCACAAGUUUUGAAUGUUCAAAAAGUAGUUAUUUAGUAACGCAACUAAAAAUAAGGUUACAUAAUAUACAUUUUGUUUUUAACCAAUAUUGUGAAACAGUACUGUACAUGGUUACGUGGUGGUGAUUAAAAUUAUGAAAAUCCA